CGGAGCAGCAAGCUGGCGCCUGGUGCAAAGACCCGCUGCAAGCCGGCGACAAAAUCUACUUCAUGCCCUGGACUCCUUACAGGACAGACACUCUAAUUGAGUACUCCUCUCUGGAUGACUUCCAAAACGCCCGGCAAACCAUCACCUAUAAGCUGCCCCACCGGGUGGAUGGGACUGGAUUUGUGGUCUAUGAUGGGGCCGUGUUUUUCAACAAGGAGCGUACGCGCAACAUUGUGAAAUUUGACCUGCGGACUCGAAUUAAAAGUGGUGAGGCAAUCAUCAACAAUGCCAACUACCACGAUACGUCGCCCUACAAGUGGGGAGGUAAAACAGAUAUUGACCUUGCUGUGGAUGAGAAUGGGCUGUGGGUGAUCUACGCAACAGAGCAGAACAAUGGCAUGAUGGUAAUCAGCCAGCUGAACCCCUACACUCUACGAUUCGAGGCUACUUGGGAAACAACCUAUGAUAAGCGCUCAGCCUCCAAUGCCUUCAUGGUUUGUGGAGUACUUUAUGUUGUCCGCUCCACCUAUGAAGACAAUGAAAGUGAGGUCAGCAAGAGCCUGAUUGAUUAUAUUUACAACACGAAACAGAAUCGCGGGGAGUACGUUGAUAUCCACUUUCCCAAUCAGUACCAGUACAUUGCAGCAGUGGAUUAUAAUCCGCGAGAUAACCAGCUCUAUGUAUGGAAUAACUUUUACGUCCUGAGAUACAACCUGGAGUUUGGCCCACCUGAUCCAGCACAUGCACCAGCGCUGUCGGAAGCCACCGCGUCCAUUCAGCCCCAGAGAACUACGGCCGCCCCGACCACCACCACGGCGCACUGGGGCGUGGCCAACACCACCACCACGACGGGGCUCCGGGAGGGCAGCAGGGGAGCGCCCAAGCCGCCGCCCGCAAUUCCACAGACCACCUCUCCUCCUCCUCUGGAGUCCUUCCCUCUACCUGAGCGCUUCUGCAAGACCACUGAGAAAAGAGACAUAACGUGGCCCCAGACCCAAAGGGGCAUGCUCGUGGAGCGACCCUGUCCCAAGGGAACACGAGGCACAGCCUCUUAUUUAUGUGUUCUGUCCACUGGGGACUGGCACCCAAAGGGUCCUGAUCUCAGCAACUGCACCUCCCACUGGGUCAACCAGGUGGCUCAAAAGAUCCGCAGCGGUGAAAACGCGGCUAACUUGGCCAACGAGUUAGCCAAGCACACCAAAGGCCCCAUAUUUGCCGGGGACGUCAGCUCCUCCGUGCGUCUGAUGGAACAGCUGGUGGACAUCCUGGACGCUCAGCUUCAAGAGCUCAAACCCAGCGAGAAGGAUUCCGCAGGAAGGACCUUCAAUAAGGCCAUUGUGGACACGGUUGACAACCUUCUACGACCAGAAGCCCUGAAGUCCUGGCAGGACAUGAACAGCACCGAGCAGACCCACACGGCCACCAUGUUACUGGACACUCUGGAAGAAGGGGCCUUUGUCCUUGCUGACAACCUGAUAGAACCUGCCAUUGUCAAAGUUCCUGCAGAUAAUAUAAUUUUGGAUGUGUACGUGCUCAACACAGAUGGCCAGGUCCAGGACUUCAAAUUUCCACAAUCCAGCAAGAGUGGGAUCUCAAUCCAGCUGUCAGCCAACACCGUCAAGCUCAACAGUCGCAAUGGAGUUGCCAAGCUGGUCUUUGUGCUGUACAAAAAUCUAAGCCAGUUCCUCAGCACCGAAAACGCCACCAUCAAGAUGGCCAACGAUGCAUAUGGCCGCAACGUGUCAGUGGCCGUCAACUCCGACAUCAUCGCUGCCUCUAUCAACAAAGAGUCAAGCCGCGUAUUCAUUAACGAACCGGUGAUUUUCACCCUGGAGCACAUUGACAUGGAGCACUACUUCAACUCCAAUUGCUCCUUCUGGAAUUACUCUGAGAGGAGUAUGAUGGGCUACUGGUCCACACAAGGCUGCAAACUCCUGGACUCCAACAAAACCCACACCACCUGCUCAUGCAGCCAUCUUACCAACUUUGCAGGCAACAUUAGAGAUCAUCAUGAGCUGCUCCUUACUGUCAUCACUCGUGUCGGCAUUGUGGUGUCCCUCGUCUGCCUCACCAUCUGCAUCUUCACGUUCUGCUUCUUCAGGGGCCUACAGAGCGAUCGCAACACUAUCCACAAGAACCUGUGCAUUAAUCUCUUCAUAGCAGAGUUAAUAUUCCUAAUUGGGAUCGAUAUGACAGAACCCAAGAUUGGGUGUGCCAUCAUCGCUGGUAUUCUACACUUCUUCUUCUUGGCUUCCUUCUCCUGGAUGUGUCUUGAGGGAGUCCAGCUGUAUCUCAUGCUUGUGGAAGUUUUUGAGAGUGAAUACUCACGGAAAAAGUACUACUACGUGUCGGGCUACCUCUUCCCCGCCAUUGUCGUGGGUGUCUCUGCUGCCAUCGACUACGGGAGCUACGGGACCAGGAAAGCGUGCUGGCUAAGUGUGGACAAUCAUUUCAUAUGGAGUUUUAUUGGCCCUGUCACCUUUAUCAUCAUGCUCAAUCUCAUCUUCUUGGUGAUCACAAUGUACAAAAUGGUGAAGCACUCUACCACCCUGAAACCAGACUCGAGCCGACUGGAGAAUAUAAAAUCCUGGGUCAUGGGGGCUUUUGCCCUGCUGUGUCUGCUGGGUCUCACGUGGUCCUUCGGCCUCUUCUUCAUCAGCGAGGCCUCGAUUGUAAUGGCGUACCUCUUUACAAUAUUCAACACCUUCCAAGGAAUGUUUAUCUUCAUUUUCCACUGCCUUCUUCAGAAAAAAGUCCGCAAAGAGUACAGCAAGUGCUUCCGCCACACGUACUGCUGCGGCGGGCUGCCCACGGAGAGCUCGCACAGUUCUGCAAAGACCUCCACCACGCGGACCAGCGCACGCUACUCUUCUGGUACACAGAGCCGUAUCAGAAGAAUGUGGAAUGACACCGUAAGAAAGCAAUCUGAGUCCUCCUUUAUCUCAGGUGACAUCAACAGCACCUCUACCCUUAACCAAGGAAUGACCGGGAAUUAUCUACUAACAAAUCCCCUUCUGCGACCACAAGGCACUAACAACCCUUAUAACACCUUGCUGGCUGAGACAGUCGUGUGUAACACCCCCACAGCUCCAGUGUUUAACUCGCCAGGGCACUCACUGAACAAUGUGGUGAGGGAUACAAGUGCAAUGGAUACUCUACCGCUAAAUGGUAACUUUAACAAUAGCUAUUCACUCCGCAACGGGGACUUUGGUGACAGCGUGCAGGUAGUGGACUGCGGCCUCAGCCUGGACGACGCUGCCUUCGAGAAAAUGAUCAUCUCCGAGCUAGUGCACAACAACCUGCGUGCCUGUAACAAAAGCCACCAACAGCAACAGCAGCAGCACUCCAGUUUACACCACCCGCCCCACCACCACCACCACCACCAGCAGCAGCAGCACCCGCCACAGUACCACCAUCACCACCACACGGAGCGGGCUCCUCCCAAGGUGACGGUGGUAGGUGGCAACGGGCGCGGCGGGAGCGGCGCCAUCGUCGCGGACGCGUCUUCUCUGGUCCACGUGGGCGGCACGGUGCUGCGCCACCAGCAGGAGCUGGAGGCGCCGCUCAUCCCCCAGCGGACUCACUCGCUUCUGUACGCGCCGCAGAAGAAGGUGAGGACCGACGGGGGCGUCGACGCCUAUGUCAGCCAGCUGACGGCCGCCAACCCCGACGACAGUCCCCAGUCCCCCAACAGAGACUCCUUGUACACUAGUAUGCCUAAUCUGAGAGACUCUCCGUGCCCCGAGAGCAGCCCCGACGUCGUGGAGGACCUGUCCCCCACCAAGAGGAGCGAGAAUGAAGACGUUUACUACAAGAGCAUGCCUAACUUAGGGUCCGGCCACCAGCUUCAAGCCUAUUACCAAAUAGGUAAAGGGAGCAGCGAUGGUUUCAUUAUUCCUAUUACGAAAGAGGACUGCAUCCCCGAAGGUGAUGUACGGGAAGGACAAAUGCAAGAGCCUAGAAGCCCCCCGUCACACAAUCUUUCCAUUAACAAACCCCUCCCUUCCCCCAUUUGCAUUGCCAUCUCUUUUUCCCCCUCUGAAUCACUCCACUCGUCCCAUCUUCUUACCUGCAGACCAACAGACUCGGAGCACACCAAUGGCAGUGCAAAGUUU